UUGUACACUCUAACAGGAGAUGCUUGAAAUUUGGAGAUACCUGAAAAUCUGACUUGUAGUUUGGUUAAGACUCCGGGGUACUAAGUCUAAUUAGCCAAAAAAAUUUCUCCCGUUCCAGCCUUAUCAGGUGUUAAACCCAUCACUUUUACGAGCUCCAAUCCCACCAAAAAAGCCCCAAAAAAAAACGAAUGAGUAAAAUUCUCUGUGUAAACUCUUGUAGAAGUCGUUCAUUUUGCUAAUCAAACAUUUGAAUUUUGCAGAGAAAGAGAAACAUAUACACAAAUUCUUGAAAAGCCACCAUGUUUAGAACUCCUGGGGGUGGGAAUGUUUCGAAUCAGACCCCAACAACCUCGGACAGUGGUAUGAUGAUGGACCAGAACACAGCCCAUCACCAGCAGCUACAACAGCAGCAGCAGAUGCAGAAUGGUCAAAGAAACAAUCCCAGUUCUUCUUCUACGUCUGCUACUUCAAGGGCUCUUCAAUUUCACCCUGCCAGACCAGCCAUCGUCGACCUUUUCAAUCUUUACUUAGGAAGAACUGCACAGCAAAAAUCGGAUGAAUCAGCCCGGGAACCACCGAACAAGACACAGAAGCGCAUUAGUGCUCUCAAUAGAGAUCUGCCACCUCGAAAUGAACAGUUCCUGUUAGAUUUUGAGCAGCUACUGAGUCAAUUUCAAGACCAGGAUCAACUGCGUGCUUUGACAGAAUCUACUCUUAUAUCUCUGGUUAUUCAGUGUAGAAGUCACGCACCCCGAGCAGAAUUUCUUCUUUUUGCAUUGCACAGUCUCUCUAGCAUAAGUUACAUAAACUGGGAUACUUUUUUGCCAUCUCUUCUCUCUUCAGUUUCUUCUGUGGAGGUUUCAAUCAGUCAAGGAAGCCAAUCAGGGGCUACUGUCUCUUCUGCGACUUUAACACAGUCUGGGGUGUUGCCACCUUCCAGCACGGUUACUAAUCCCACCAAUUUUCAGUCAUCAAGUCCUGCAUCUCCUCUGCCUUCUGUUCACUGUAUUGGAUCCCCAGCUCAAUCAGUUGCAGAACAAUCACCAAUGAAGUCCCCUGAUGUUGGUGGCGGUCAACAAUCAAAUUCAAGAAUCAACUUAAUUACAAGGGACAAUUCUAUGAGCAACUUGCGCCACUUGUGUUGCAAGAUAAUCUUAAUCAGCCUAAAAUUUAACCUAAAGCCAUCUACCCAUGCUGAUGUUUUCUCUCAUCUGUUAAAUUGGAUUAUCAACUGGGACCAAAAACAGCAGGGUAUUGAUGAAUUUGACAGUGCAAGAUACUGGAAACCUGACAAGGCACUGAUUGAAUGGCUCCAUAGUUGUUUAGAUGUGAUAUGGCUGUUAGUCGAAGAUGAUAAAUGCCGUAUACCUUUUUAUGAACUUGUGCGAAGUAACUUGCAGGUCAUAGAAAAUAUUCCAGAUGAUGAGGCACUGUUCACACUUAUUUUGGAGAUCCACAAAAGGCGAGAUAUGAUGGCCAUGCACAUGCAAAUGUUGGAUCAACAUCUUCAUUGUCCUACAUUUGGAACUCCUAGGCUUUUUCCUCAGGCGAUGAAUAACAUGUCAGGUGAAGCAGCAACUCACAUGAGAUAUCCACCAAUUACAUACCCAAGUGUGCUUGGAGAACCACUGCAUGGAGAGGAUAUUGCAGUAUCCAUUCAGAGAGGAACUUUGGACUGGGAGCGUGCUCUUCGUUGCAUAAGACAUGCUCUUCGUAAUACACCAUCACUUGACUGGUGGAAGCGUGUGCUUCUUCUAGCUCCCUGUUACAGGCUUCCAGCUCAAGCACCAACUCCUGGUGCUGUCUUUACUGCUGAAAUGAUUAGUGAGGCUACAAUUGAUCGGAUUGCUGAAUUAUUGAAGCUGACAAAUUCAGAGAUAAAUUGCUGGCAAGAGUGGCUUACCUUUUCAGACGUAUUCUUUUUUCUUGCGAAAAACGGAUGUCUUGAUUUUGUUGACUUUGUGGACAAAUUGGUUUCUCGGCUUCAGGGUGGUGAUCAGCAUAUCCUCAGGACAAACCACGUUACAUGGUUGCUUACUCAAAUUAUUCGGGUUGAGCUAGUAAUGAAUGCUUUAAAUUCAGACUCAAGAAAGGUUGAGAUUACGAGGAAAAUUCUCUCAUUUCAUAAAGAGGCAAGUUCUGACCCAAAUAAUCCCCAAAGCAUCCUGCUUGACUUCGUAAGUAGUUGUCAGAACUUGAGGAUUUGGUCGUUGAAUACAUCAACCAGAGAAUACUUAAACAAUGAGCAGCUUCAGAAGGGAAAGCAAAUCGAUGAAUGGUGGAGACAAACAACUAAAGGUGAGCGGACUCUGGAUUAUAUGAAUAUGGAUGACAGAUCGAUUGGUAUGUUUUGGGUUGUGUCUUACACCAUGGCACAGCCAGCUUGUGAAUCAGUGAUGAAUUAUUUAGCAUCAGCUGGAGUUACGGAGCUGUUACCAGGGUCAAAUCUGCAGGCUAAUGAGCGAAUUGCAGUGAUGCGGGAAGUUAGUCCACUGCCAAUAUCACUAUUAUCGGGGUUCUCCAUAAACCUAUGCCUAAAAUUGACAUUUCAGAUGGAAGAAUCUAUGUUUAAUGGACAGGUCAUCCCAAACAUUGCAAUGGUGGAAACAUACUGUAGAUUGCUGCUGAUUGUCCCUCAUUCAUUGUUCCGUCCACACUUAACUCAUUUGAGUCAAAGGAACACUGCUACUUUGACAAAGCCUGGUGCUUCCAUUCUGUUGUUUGAGAUUUUGAACUACCGCCUUCUUUCACUUUACAGGUACCAAGGGAAGAGCAAAAAUUUGAUGUAUGACAUCACAAAAAUGAUUUCUUCGCUAAAAGGGAAACGUGGAGAUCAUCGCAUUUUCAGAUUGGGGGAAAAUUUGUGCAUGAAUCUGCUCUUAUCAUUGAAGGAGUUUUUUCUUGUGAAGAGGGAAGGGAAGGGUCCAACCGACUUUACCGAAACUUUAAACCGAAUAGCAAUAACUAGUUUGGCGAUCAUUAUUAAAACACGUGGCAUUACAGACUUCGAUCAUUUGCUAUAUCUUCCAACAAUGUUGGAGCAAAUAUUGGCAACUAGUCAGCAUGCUUGGUCUGAGAAGACUUUGCGUUAUUUUCCAUCUGUCCUACGUGAUGCCUUGGCCGGGAGGAUGGAUAAAAGAGGCCUUGCGAUCCAAGCAUGGCAGCAGGCCGAAACUACAGUGAUUAACCAAUGCACUCAGCUUCUUUCACCGUCAGCUGAUCCUUCCUAUGUCGUUACUUACAUAAGCCAUAGCUUCCCUCAACAUCGUCAAUACCUGUGUGCUGGUGCUUGGGUGCUGAUGCAUGGACAUCCUGAGAGCAUUAACAGUGCUAAUCUUGGACGUGUCUUAAGAGAAUUUUCUCCAGAAGAAGUAACUGCAAAUAUAUACACAAUGGUGGAUGUGCUACUGCAUCACAUUCACUUGGAACUACAGCGUGGACAUUCCCCACAGGUUUUUCUAUCAGCUUGCUUCGCUUUAUUUUCAUCAUCUUUUCCGUUGACAUUUUUCUGUUGGCGAUGCAAAUUUUUACUCAAUGAGCUUAAUUUUCCAUUUUUCCUCCUUCAGGAUAAACGAAAGGUCCUCUCAGUUUAUUAUUACUACGUGGUUUUCCGCCCCCGGAAACAAUUCACGUAUGCAAUCCUAUUCAUGGUGAAUAUGUUACUCUUCCCAGCACAAGAGGAGAUUCCUUUUCCGAAUGCUUUGGUUUUGGUUAAAUCCUUCCACGAAUCAGUACAAGGUUAUCAGUUUGGUCCAACCAGAACUAGUUCCUCGCCCUCUGGAAUGAACACAUCUAAUUUCAUUUGGCGAAGUGGUUAUACAUGCCAGCAAUUGUCAUGUUUACUGAUCCAAGCUUGUGGUCUUCUACUGGCUCAACUUCCUCCGGAGUUUCACGUACAAUUGUAUAUGGAAGCUGCACGUGUUGUAAAAGAAUGUUGGUGGCUUACUGAUGGAAAAAGGUCAGCUAGUGAGCUUGAAUCCGCUGUUAGCUAUGCUUUGUUAGAUCCAACAUGGGCUGCCCAAGACAACACUUCUACAGCUAUUGGUAAUGUUGUGGCGUUGUUACAUUCUUUUUUUAGUAACCUUCCGCAAGAAUGGCUAGAAGGCACGCACCUAAUCAUCAAGCAUCUUAGACCCGUGACAUCGAUUGCAGUUUUGAGGAUAGCAUUUCGUAUUAUGGGUCCACUGCUUCCAAGAUUGGCCAAUGCGCAUCCCCUCUUCAGUAAGACAUUGUCACUGCUGUUAACGAUAAUGGUGGAUGUUUUUGGCAAGAAUUCUCAACCAUUAGCUCCUGUUGAAGCAUCAGAAAUAGUAGAUCUCAUUGACUUCCUCCAUCAUGUUAUUCACUAUGAGGGGCAGGCAGGGCCAGUACAAGCAAGUAGCAAGCCCAGGACAGAAGUUUUGGCUCUUCUUGGAAGAGCAGCAGAUAGUUUACGUCCUGACAUGCAGCACCUUCUUUCACAUUUAAAAACAGACGUAAAUUGUUCCAUUUAUGCAGCAACUCACCCAAAGCUUGCACAAAAUACCUCUUGACAAGUGGAAUUGUUUGCAUUCCUGGUCACCAAGUCAUCUGAGAUACAAAAAGAGCGAUGGAGUUGCUGAAACCUCUGUUUCAGCUGUGUGUGUUAGAAUUUGGAAUCUGUUCAUACUUGGUGCUUUAUGUAUGUUAGCACAAAAGCGCAUCUUGUAAAGCUACAAAAUUGAUGGAUCUGAUAUCAUGGAAAAAUUACUUUUGAGCUGAUCAUGAUAUUUCCCAAUAUACCAAAUAACCUGUAAACUUUGAGUUUCACAAGUUGUAGUCGCUUGCAAGGUCUUGUGUCAUUACUGAGGAGAGUAUUUCCUUUGCCAUUGUCCCAGUGAAGAUUAAGAUGAAAGGAACUCCAAUGGAGAUCCAUGUUCUCCUUCGCACCUAUAAUUUAGGAUUGUACAUAUAAAGGGGUUGAGGAGAAGAGCAGGGUUGGCAUUAAAAGGACAGUAUUUGGGUGUAACAUUUGCUUCCUUGGGAGAAAGAGAUGAAGAUCAAAGGAUACCUAUUUCAUAUCAGCGGCACUCCUUUCCUGUGGUAAUUUAUCCUUGGCUGACCCUCUUUGUACACAAUUGUAACUUGUUCCAGUGCAUAUGAUUAUCUUUUGGAAACCUUUUCGGUCUGGUCUAGAAGGCUGUGUUCCUCGCAUCUGUAAUCUUGGCCAGGUUGAACUUUUGAUUGCUGUUGCGAAUAUUUCUUGCUAAAUAUGCACUUGCAUUCAACACAAA